AUGACAAAGUUAAGCUCUCUCAGGUACAUCCGCACGCUGUACCUGGGGGUGAUGUCGCGGCGGCAGAAGGAGCACCAGAGGAGGUGGUACUGGGCCAUGAUGUUCGAGUACGCAGACGUCAACAUGCUGCGGCUGCUCGAGACCUUCCUGGAGUCAGCUCCUCAGCUCGUGCUGCAACUCUGCAUCAUGAUCCAGGAGAACCGGGCCGAGACGCUGCAAUGGGAACAGCGAUGGGAUUAA